AUGACGUCUCACUACGGAUCUAAAGACGGCCUCGACGUAUCAAGAAACCGAUCAACCGUUUCGAGGAGCAGCGAGGCCCCGACCCAGCAGGACGACACUGAGAUGAAGAAGGCCAGGAAAAGGGAACAAGACCGACUUUGCCAGCGACGGAAGAGAGAAAAGGACCGCGAGAACCUGCGACGACUCGAAGCUCGAUUAAAUGGACUGCAGAACCCUGAUGAACCCAAAGUCGUCCUUGACCUGAUUCUACGCCACGAACAAGACCAGGAAAGAUUGAACCGCCAAGCCGAACGACUGCGCCAGAUUGAAUCUCUCAUCCAGUCUUCCCUGAGUGACAUUGGCACCCAGCUCGCGGCUUCAUCGACCCCGAAUGACAGCGUUGUGGAUGCAAAGCUCGAUGCCAAAGAGGUGCCUAGUCUACCACCUCCACCUAUUCAUACAAGUGAGGUACCCAUGUAUACGGCGGUGCAAAGUGCACCAAUGGCGACAGCUACAACGACUUCAAUGGUCAUGCCUCUCGACAACCCUGCCAUUCUGGCAGCUCAAUACCCCAUGACGGUCCCUCACAACAUGUCCCAACAGCCACGCCAACCACAAUAUCCACAAGCGGCCAUGCCAUCUUCGCCACCCCAGAAUCACGAAAUCAGCACAAUCACAGAUGCCAUGUCUGCGGUCCCGGGCACAGCAGCAGCCUAUACUGACGAAGCGUUCGAUCAGCACAUCAUCGUCAUGGUCUUGAUCCACGGAUGGGAUGCUGUCGUGGCAUACAUGCAGCUCGAUCCGCUUUGGGCUCUGUUACGACAAAUUGACGGAGGGGCCUGCUCACAGUGGAGGAAGGUGGAUCGUAUGGUAGGCAUGCUAUGCUUCCGUCGUAUGAUGAAGGGAUUUGCUACGGGGCCGCAAGUGAUGGCUGCCACUAUAGAGCCAAAGUGGAUGCGACCACGCCCUUCCCAGUUACAUGUUCCUCACAUUCCAAACGGCGAUUACUUCCCCUGGCCUGGUGUACGCGAACGCUUUGUCUUCGAAGGCCCCAACUACGACAACGACACGUUCCUCAAACUCUUCAACUCCAGCACACGCUUCAUGUGGAACUCGGACUUUUCCACCACCUUCGUCCAGAACGACAGGCAGCUCUUCCAGUUCUCGGACGACUUGAUCAAGCGUUUCCACAACCUGAACUGCUGGCGCAUCGAUUCUGCCUUUAUUGCCGCCUAUCCAGAGUUCGCUGGCGAUAUACCCACAUACAACUCUGUACCCAAGAAGAUCGACGACAAGCCCUAUGAGGAAGACUACAUCUUUGGUGACGAUAUGGACUACAGUGCUUUGCACAACGGCGCGGCGGUUGCUGGAGCUGCUGUCACCGCUGGAGGACAGUGGAUAUACGACAAUGGGAGAUGGUACAUUGCCGGAGCAGUGAGAUGA